AACUCUUUCUCACCAAUACAUCUACACAAAGUAAAGUCAUCAUACCCAAUACCCAUCUCAGUCUUUCACAAUCCUUUAAAAUGGCCAGCGUCGAAAGUCAAGUGUCAAAGCAGUCCGAAGCUCCCCUUCAAAACGACAAUGAGAACGCAGAGCAACUAGCUACCCUCGCAGAAGGCAAAGUCGCCGAUGCAGUAAAGGGAACGAGUACCAGGGAUAAGCCACGCAAGGAUGAUAUCAAGAUCGAGGACUAUGCCUCUGAUAUUGAAAGAAAAAAGGCUGAGCAGGCCGAGGCCAGAGAAGAAAUCAAGACACAGAGAAAAGCAGGUGUAGAUAUUGAUGGUAGCCUUGGACAGGGCAGACUGAGCAAUGAGGACAACGGCAAUGUCUAAGUACAAAUCCGAAGACUUUACCUAAAGAUAAUCUACAAUUACUAUUACAUCCCAUAACUUCUUAAGUCCCAUCCCCAGACCGUAAAUGGAAUAAAAGGUUGUCAAAC